CACACACACACACACACACACACACACACAAUCACUGUGAGCACUUCGUGUCCCUUGUCCCUCUGUCACCUUGUCUUUCAAUCCCUCCCUCCCAGACAGAGGAGGGGAGGUGGAGCGCAGAAACACAAAGGAAGAGGGAGCUAGCAGCUACUACCAUCAAGGUGAAGGAGACGCAGUCAACGAGUGAACGUGAUAUGAACUGACAGGCUCAGAACUGAUUCAAGUACGACCCAGGAAGAGUUGAAAAGAAAAGGAAAACCACAAUAUUUUGACGGCUGUUUUCUUUUGGGAUUUGCGGCCUCAAGGGGAGAUAAUAUUUGUAAGAGCCCCAAUCCUCCUUCCUGUGACACUUCAUCAUGGUGGACCUGUUCAUUGACCGGGUCCUGGUGAAGAACAACAAGGACCAGGAUGAGCUGGACACAGAACGUGAGAUUGUCAUGCGCCUACAGAACCGCAUCCUGAUGCUCUUCUUUGCAUCUGCUGCAUGUGAGAGCUGCCAGCAGUUUGCUCCCACGCUCACAGACUUCUUCAAACGGUUGACAGAUGAAUUCUAUGUGGACCGCUCUGCUCAGCUGGUUCUCCUGUACAUUAGUUUGGACCAGUCAGAGGAACAGCAAGAAAGCUUCCUCAAAGAGCUGCCCAAGAAGUGCCUGUUCCUGGCCUUUGAGGACCCCUACAGGAGGGAGCUGGAGGCCAUGUUUAAUGUGGAGGAGCUGCCCACAGUGGUGGUGCUGCGUCCCGACUGCUCCAUCCUCAUCCCUAACGCAGCGGAGGAGAUACUCUGCCUUGGCCCAGACUGCUACCGCAACUGGCAGGAAGCAGCAGAGCUCAUCGACAGAAACUUCAUGAUCACCGAGGACUUUGAGCAGAAGUCCAUGCAUAGUUUGAGUGACCCUGUGAGACGACUGAAGUACAAGGUGGAGGAUGAGAAGAAGAAAAAGAAGAAGAAAAAGCGCAGAGGGUGGGGUGGAGGCGGAGAUGAAGAUACAGAGGUGGACAAAGACGGAGGAAGGUUACCAUUAUGAUGGAGACCAAGAACAUGAGGACAAGACAGGAUUAGUAAUUAAAAGCUUUGACACAAUGUUUUCUACUGAUGCUGCCAAUGUAACACAGUUUUUUUUAGCCAAACAAAACCCUUUUCACAGCUGAAUGUCAGAAAACUUCUAUUCCUAUUCAAGAAGUAGAAAUGUCAAACUGACCUCACUGUGACUAGAUUUGCUUUUCUAUAUCAGCACUAAGCAACGGCUGUGGUCUUACUGCAAACAGAGCUCUGGUAUGAGUGGGUGUGGAUAUGCCAACAAGCAAUAAAAAGUAAUGUAAAACACUAUCUAAAGGGACUCUGAAUACUGCUAACCAAUGCUGACCUCAGCUCAGAAUUGGCUGUCUUUAAUGUCUUUGAAUGCUGCCAAGUACACAGUCAAGCCAAGGUGAGGUCUGAGCCAAGUAUUGCCAUUAUGGUUUGUCUUAUGACACCCAGGAGAUUAUUCUAACAAUUUCCCCCUUUUUAAAGAAACAGCUCUGUAAUGCAAUGCACUUCUUUUUACAUGAUAAUUUGUAGCAUCCAAUCAAAACCCACCAUGCAUAAUCUGAAAUCAAUGAAUUAUUCAGCACCAUUAAAAUAAUUUUGUUAGUGA